UACAAAUACAAUCAUAUCUUACUAACUCAGCAGUUCAUAAAUUUCAAAUUUCAUCGAAUUCAUUUGAAAUUCCGAACCCACACAAAAUUUCAGAGCUGCCCAUUUCUCUAACCUUAAUGAAUCUUCUUGCUGUGUUCUUCGCAAUCAACAUUUCCAAUGUUGCUCAUUCCAAUCUAAACCCUACCCACUAACAUCAUCAACGCCACACCCUCUUGUACCAUGAACUCUCUUUUUUCGCUUGAAAACCUUCCUCCACCACCGGGAAUUCCAAUCCCUGCCUCAAUUGCCGCCGCCACAGCCACCACCAGCGCCUCCCCCGCCCCAACUCUAAUCCCAAAGCUAGAACCUCUCGACCAAUGGCUCGACAACCCCAGUUCGCAACAACAACAAUCACAGGACCCCAAUUUUUCAAAUGGGUCUCUCGACCUCGACCUCGACCUCAAUCUCGUAUGCGACGGAACCUCCCAUGAACCACACACCAGCUUGUUCUCUGAGUUCAACAGAAUCUCCCAGCUUUUCCACACCGCGUUCUCCGACCCCCAGAAUGAUGCCGUUCCCGACCCCAUCACCGAUAGCCUGCAGCAGCUCCCAAACGACGCUUUUUCCAACCCUUUUGCCGGAAACUCGCAGCACAUCAAAACCGAAGCCGAUUCGGACCCAUGGCUGCAGCAGGCCCCAAAGGACACCGUUCCGGACCCGGAUUCGCGGGCAAUUGUGCCCGUUCCGGAGGAGGAGCAGUCUUCUUCGAUGAUGGCCGCAACCACGCCGAAGCGGCGGUGUAAGGAGCUGGUUCGGGUGGCGGAUCUUGGCGGGCCGGAGCAAAGGCACUUCAGGGACGUUGUCCGGCGGACUCGGAUGGUGUAUGACUCGCUGCGCGUGCUGGCGACGGUGGAGGAAGAGCGGCGGGUGGACGCCCGCAAGGCGCGCAGUGAUUUGCGAGCCUCGGCCGUGAUGAGGAGCUGUGGUUUGUGGUUGAAUCGCGACAAGAGAAUUGUUGGUGCGAUUCCUGGUGUUUGCGUUGGUGAUGUGUUCCUCUAUAGGAUGGAGUUGUGCGUGGUUGGGUUGCACGGUCAACCUCAGGCCGGCAUCGAUUAUCUUCCUGCCAGCAUGAGUUCCAACGGCGAACCAAUUGCCACGAGCGUGAUUGUCUCCGGUGGUUACGAGGAUGAUGUUGACGAGGGUGAUGUUAUCACCUACUCUGGCCAUGGUGGGCAGGACAAGAAUUCUCGGCAGGUUUUUCACCAGAAGCUUGAGGGAGGGAAUCUUGCAAUGGAGCGCAGUAAACACUAUGGGAUUGAGGUUAGGGUGAUUCGCGGGGUGCGCUGUGAGGGUGCAGCCUCUGCCACUGGGAAGUUGUACGUGUAUGACGGCUUGUAUACGAUUAUCGAUUGCUGGUUUGAUGUUGGGAAGUCGGGUUUCGGUGUUUUCAAGUUCAAGCUGUGUAGGAUCGAUGGGCAAGCUAAGAUGGGGAGCACGAUCAUAAAGGAAGCGCAUAUACUAAAGAAAGAUCCUUUGCGUUUCAAACCCAUGUGUUGUGUUUCGCUUGAUAUUUCAAACAGGAACGAGAAAGUGGGGGUUCGCCUUUUCAAUGAUCUUGAUCGCAAUUUCGACCCUCUCAGGUAUGAAUACCUUGUGAAGACAAACUUUCCUGAGUUCGUUUUUCACCAGAGUGGGAGGGGUACGGGUUGCGAUUGUGUGGACGGGUGUGUUGAAGGGUGCUUCUGUGCCAUGAAGAACGGAGGGGACUUUCCCUAUAAUCACAGUGGGAUUCUCUUGAGAGGGAAGCCUUUGGUUUUUGAGUGUGGCCCGUUUUGUCAAUGCCCCCCUCAUUGUCGGAAUCGGGUGACGCAGAAGGGACUCAAGAACAGGAUGGAGGUGUUCAGAUCUAGGGAAACUGGUUGGGGAGUUAGGUCCUUGGACCUUAUUCAAGCUGGUGCUUUUAUAUGUGAGUACACAGGGGUUGUGCUCACUAGGGAGCAAGCAGAACUUUUGUCCAUGAAUGGUGAUUCCUUGAUAUAUCCGAAUCGGUUCACUGAUAGGUGGUCGGAAUGGGGUGACUUGUCUAUGAUAGACUCCAAUUAUGUGCGUGCAUCUUAUCCCUCGCUCCCUCCUUUGGAUUUUGCUUUGGAUGUGUCAAGAAUGAGGAAUGUUGCUUGCUAUAUGAGUCAUAGUUCUACUCCCAAUGUGUUUGUUCAGUUUGUCUUGUAUGAUCACAAUAAUUUGAUGUUCCCUCACCUUAUGCUGUUUGCAAUGGAGAACAUCCCUCCCAUGAGAGAGCUCAGCCUUGAUUAUGGGGUAGCUGACGAGUGGACAGGAAAACUCGCUAUAUGUAACUGAUUUGUUUUCAAAGUUUUCUACACUUUAUUAUAUACCGAAGCCAAGUUUAAUGCAUUGUUCGCAGAGUGUUGUUUCGUGUUUGGUGUCCGUGGCGGAGUUGGUGCCUCAUACUAAUGCAAAACUAAUAUUACAGGCUUACAAGAUUCUUUUCACGUGGGUUUUUGCAGCGCUUUUAGGUUUGUUCCAACUUCCUAUCAUGCAAGAUUGGUGCUUCAGAUACGGUUGUGGAUCAGUAAAAGAUAGUGAAGAUGAUGUGGCAUGAUUUUUACACGGUUUUUCAACCCUGCCUGCGAAGGAAGGUAGAAUAACUUGCUGGCUUAUGGUGUCAGGAAAUCAAAAUUCAAACAUGUGGAGCUCUCUGUUACGUUAUAAAUGAUGUGCCCUUUGUGGUGAGGAAGAUCAGGAAUUGUGUAGACUUGUGUAAUUUUCGAACCUGUUGAUGGCUUUUGUUUGUUUGUAGUAACUGUUGAUUUCUUCCUUCUCCUGGGCAAAGAAGCACUUUCGCAGUCACAUUUUUGUACUCACUUAUACUUCAGCUGUGUCAACUGUUUCAUCAUUUGGGGUACUUGUUUGUACAUAACAUAAGUUCAAAGUUUGUAUAGGUUUUGUAA